AUGCCUCCAAAACCUGCAUGCACAAGUCCGUACGACGGAAUUAAGCAGCAACUGACUGUUGAUGCUUGCUCAAGCUCGACUAUAAAGCUUUUAACGGAAUCAUUCACUACUACCGAGCCAAACGUCACAUCGGCUACUGUCAAAAUAUCCUCGCGAUCAAAGAAUGCGAAAUUAACCUCGCAGAAGGUAGCAACAGAGACCGUCACUGUAGCAGUUUCGCCGGCAUCAAGGAUAGUAGAGAAACAGAAGCUUGCGAUUGAGGUAAUAAAUAUCUGCCUCAAAGCUCUCACCGAUGCGGCGAAAAAAGAUGCGCCGCCUCCUUCCGCUCCUGAAAUCUCUGCGCCAGCUCGGAAAACAGGAAAACUAGUUUCUACGAAUAGCAAACCAUUGCAGUCGCGAUCCGCAAAUCGUAAUGACACGAAGUCCGAUCCAAUUGCGAACUUGGCGUCAUGCUGCGCUCUCUCAAUAUCAUAUCUUAACUCGAUCCAACAUACCUCUAGUCUCCCAGAGAUGCCCCCACUACAAGUCGAGACCGCCCAGAACAGCCUUCUGUUAAAAUUGAUACAGCUCGGAAUGUUUGAGAUGGCAUUAAAAGAGGCUCGGAGCCUGAAGCGGAAAUUGACUGAACAUAUGCAAAAUGGAUCUGCGGAGGAGAAACAAACUAAUGGGGUUCAAAUAGUAUCAGCAAAGUCUAAGCACUCUGGGAAAGAAGGUGGGGCUACAAAACCUGAGAAGGAAUCGUUUAGUAAGAUGCUUGAGUUUAAGGAUGUGACUGCGUCAGUACCUGCUUUUCCAUUGGUUAUUUCAUGCCAACUGGGAAUGCUGCGAUGUCUUGCAGGAUUGAAGAGACCAGAGUUGAUUGAGGCCAUCAUCCCUUCAUUAUCUGCUCAAUACAAUCCCUUAUCAUUGAUAAAGGUUUAUUCAAAAUCAUCCCCGUCUAAAGCGUUGACCCAUUUGAAUGUUCUUAUUCAUACUCUCUUAUCUAUAACUCCUUCAACGGCGGUGUCUUCUGACAGCGAUGCCACAAAUAUCAAACUAUUCUGUAGUCCUAAAACAGCACUGGAACUACAAACACUAGCGACUCAGUGUGGUGUCUUGAGAAAACGUCUCCAGUCUAAUAACACGGGUAUAAUUGAGAAGGACACCGCCGAACAAUGGGAAAGUUGGCGCAAAUAUUUAACCGCGUUCGUCCGACGUUCACAGGAACAACGGACCAAGCCCGACCGUUAUAAAUUUAUACAACAAACAUCAAAUACAGUCCGUCAAAUACUUCAUGGGAGUAAUUCAUCAAAAUCCUUACCAUUAGAGGUGAUUAAAACUCUCGCCACCGUCUCGUUCGACGCCGGCUUGCUAAAAGAAUCUAUGAAUUGCACGGAGGAAUUACUUAUGGAAUUGGAGGCCAUGAAUAACGAGUCAGAUUCAGCGCUGAAAGUCAUCAGUAAUGUCCGAUUAGCAACCAUCGAAUUAAAACUAUCAACAAUUGGAAAGGAUGGGGAGCUCAUCCUAGAUAAUGAAAUUGUCGAGGGGCUCAAAGAACGGGUUGAGAUUGCGGUUGAAGGGCUUGCAUCAAUUAGAAAUGGUAGAAAGGCGGACCUGGAGCUUUUGUUGAACGAGGUAGCCCUACUGAGAAGGGGCGGGGUCAGUUUGCUGGCUUCUCUUCUGAAAGACGAAACGGACAGCGAGGAAAGAGUGGAAGAGACAGUGGAUGAUAAGGAGGCAAGGUGGACUUUAAGAAUUUUAUGUGAUUCAAUCGCUCGAGGGGUUAUCCGAUUUUGCGGUAAAUAUUUGACGAUGGUGAUUUCGGACGAGGAACGAGCAAAAGCAACCAAAAUUGUCACAUCUACAAUUGAUACAGCUAUCUCAACGUCUUGGCGAGGAUUUAUCAUUAGUUCCCCAGAUGCGUGGGAAGCUGUCGAGGAUUUAGUCAAAGAGUCUUUGACUAUAAUCAGAUCACUGCCAGAAAAUGAUAUUGACCACGCUACGUUUUACGAAAAGUUUUCCACGACAUAUUGGCAGAUCCAUCUACUCUAUCGAAAAGCAGGCAUGGAUAAGCCAAGCAUCCUAGCCUUAAGAAGAAGUCUCAUGAUACUAGAACGAAGGCCCUCGGGGGAACUCGUCCAAACUAACGCAGCUUUAAAAUGGGAGCGAUUGGGCAGUCUUUUCCUUCUAGCAGGCGAUUAUAGGAGGGCUGAGGAUGCGCUAUUGAGCGCCGUAAACGUGUUUUUUGAAACCGGGACUCUGGAAGAGAUUGGGCAGAGUGCCAUGAAAGGCGAGUUGCCUGGAAAUGCGUUCGAUUUGCCUACUAAGGAGGCAACAGUCGAUAGAGUUUUGGCGGGCCUUGUCAAAUGUGCAAACAAGAAGAAGGAUGGUGUGGCUUCUUCGCUACGGUUUGAUUACGCAGGAAUAUCAAAAACGGCACGAGGUGCGAUGCUUGAAUGGUCGAUGAGGUUGGCAAUUGGAACCACGGGAAGUGAUGGUACAGUCGCCCAAAUAUUAGCCGAGAGGUUACUAGACCUGUAUUCCUUUGAAGAAAUGCCUUUACGAAGAGCUAGAGUUAUUUCGAAACUCUUAGAGCUCGCAGUCGAUCAUGCAGACCUAAUCAACAAGGAGGAGGCUAAAAGUCUGGGCGAGGAGACAUUUGAAUGGGCCGAGGGUCCAGCUGCAGUAGCUUCGACGGAGGACAAACACCUAUUGAGGUAUAAAGAUGAUAUAAUAGCAGGUUGUCUGGUCAGCUUAUCUUUCUUAAGAUGGCAAGAUGGCGAAGUCGAACCGGAACUGGUAAAAAAUGCAUUGGAGCUAUGGAAUAGAUUGGUGAAUGAAUGCAUCACUUGGGACGCAGUGGUAGAAAAAAUGGAAGAUAUAAAUCAAGUAAUGAAAAAGUUGGAAAUGGUGGCCGAAUUUUUUGAGAUGAAGGGUGAAGUUGAACUCAAGAUUUGUGCUUUGAAGGUCCUGGUAUCCUUUAGGGGAAUAGAAGAUAAAGCGAACUAUGAUUCCCUUGUCCAGUUACAAAGCCUUCUUGGGAUCCAGUACCUUCGACUUGGAUACUCUGGAAGGGCAGGAAUGGCUUUAGUAAAAGCCCAAGCCUUGAUUAGUAAAGCUCUAAGUGGAUUAUCCUCGACGACAGUACUGCAAUUCCACUUAGCAUACACAGAAUACCUUGUGAACAUUGGAAACCUUGAAAAGGCUGAGGAAUAUUUUCUUUCGGCUAGUGCUUUGGUUGAUGAAGACGAAGAACUUAUAAGCGCGAAAAUCUCAGGGGCCAAAAUUGCGAAGAGGGUGAAGAUCAACAGGAUUAUUGCAGACGCUGCAUAUGCAAUGAGUCUAUUGACAUUCGAAAAGGGAAAUCCUAAUGAUGCAUUGACACAUGCUAGAAGAUGUGUCAGGCUUAAUCAACGUGCCUGGGCCGGUUUGGAGGCUCUCAGCAAACCAACUACCCCAAAAUCUGACUCUCUUAUUCAAGGGAUGGCAGCGCUCACAACUAGCUCUUCAGCACCAAAGGUUCACUCGACUACAUUAGCAGCAUUCAAUACACCUCUUCUUUGGCCACUUGUCUCGGCUCUUCACUCUAGUCUCCUUCAGGCGUCCAACAUAUACCGUCAUCAGGGGAUGGUUCGUGAGGCCGAGUUUUACCUUCAGCAAGCCCUCAAGACCGUUGAAGCAGUAAAUGCAACAUCUAGGAUGGCCAAGACAAUGACCUUGUAUGGAGAUUUGAAAGUGAGGGCAGGCCUAACAGAGGAAGGAACAGAGAUGCUAGAGCAAGCAAGGGAGUUGAUUACCAACGGCCACGAUUUUGUUGAAAUCGAAGUUGCGGCCGGAAACUUGGAGAGAAUCCGAGGGGAUUGGCAGGAGGAGAGUGAGGCUUAUGAACGCGCCGAGAAACACUUAGAAGAAUUAAUGGCCGUCGAUAGGAUUGAAAAUUUAGGAAGCCAUAGACCAGACUCACAAAUAGUGGUAGAAAAAAUGUCUAAAAUGGUUCUAGACGGAGAAAACAAGCAAAACUCUAGGGCGAAAGCACCCGCCAAACGCAGAGGAAGGGUACCAACAACAAAGUCAAAGGCUGCAAAGGACGAGAUCGAGAAAGCUUCCUCCUCUGUUAGCUUAACGUCUACAGUUGUUGGCGAAUGUUCCACACUUCUCAAGCAGAAAGGGAAUGUUUUGAGGCUUAAGGCCCAUAAUUUUUCAAUGCAGCAAAAGUGCGAAAAAGCUGAAGCUUUACUCAAGGAAGCAGCAAAGCUUCCUAUUGGGCACCAAGAAGCCGUCGUCCAUGGCUUGACUGAAGCAAGGCAUCUCUUCCAAGAAGCUUUGAUUCUGAUGAGCUCUGAUCCAAUUUUCGGGGUUCUUCAAGACUCGACUAUUUCUUUGCCCAAUAUUGCCUUACAUAAAUCAGAGAAUUUGGAUCCAACUACUAAAUCAACUCGCAAACCUGCCAAAGAGCGCAAAGCUGUGACAGAGUUUAUGGAGCUUCUCGAGAAGGCUAGGGAUGCAGUCUAUAACGUGCACACCAGGGCCAUUAAGUGUGGAUCUUCAACAAUGACACACAGUGUAGCUUCCCUCCUAAGUGAAAUCAUUGUGUUGAUUCAUGCAGUGAGUAGUGUAAAGGGCAAAGGGCCAGAGCAUCCAUUCUUUGCGAGUUAUUCUCUUGAAUUACACAAAGGACUCUCGAUUCAAAGGGAGAAGGCAGCUAUUGAGGCCGAAAGGAUUUCAAACAGCAUUCCUGAAGACUUGAGUUGGCCAAUAAACGGACCUCACGGUGGGACUGUGGCAACAGAGCUCAACUCAUUUGAAUUUUCAAGUUUUCAACAGGAUUAUGUUGAUAUUAUCCCAAACAGAUGGGCAGCUGUUUCGAUUUCUUUGAAUGAGAGGCGCGAUGAGCUUUACGUCUCACGUUUCCAGGCCGGAGAAAGCCAAUUCAUGAUACGUUUACCACUCACUCGCGGGAAUUCACGAGAUGAUUCCGAGGCCGUAUUUGAGUACGGCGAAUGCCGACAGGAACUUGACGAGAUCAUUGAAGGAGCCAAUACCAGUGCUCACAAUGCCAAAGAAAUGACAAGUAAGGGUGCUAGGAAGGAAUGGUGGGAGGAAAGGGAAGCCCUCGAUUCUCGCCUCGGUGAUCUUUUGGAAAACAUUGAACACGUCUGGUUUUGUGGUUUUAAAGGUAUAUUUUGCCAGUAUGCGCGUUAUUCUGGACUUCUAGCAAGAUUUAAAGCGACCUUUGAAAAGGUACUUGCAAAGUAUCUACCUUCAAGAAAGCGAAAAAAAGCUGGGAAGGUAAACAUCGAUCAUCGUGUGCUUGAGUUGUUCAUUGGACUUGGGCCAUCGGAAGGCCAAGAGACUUUCAAUGAGAUGCUCGUAGACUUGAUAUUUUAUGUGGUAGAUAUCUUACAGUUCCACGGAGAGGGGAAUGCUUAUGAUGAGCUCGACACUGAUGAGAUGGUUGUAGAGCUUACAGAUGCUCUGGAUUCGUACCAUCAAGAGGUUUCUUUCCAUGUAAAUGAUGCCGAACGCGGAAUUGAUCAUACGAUUUUGAUCCUGGACAAAUCAGUACACAUGUUCCCCUGGGAAUCAAUUCCUUGUCUUCGUGGUCAUUCGGUUUCUCGACUUCCAUCUCUGGCUGCCCUUCGCGAGCGAAUUCUAAAGAUGCAAGAAAAAUCACCAUCGCAGACUGUUCCCGGCUUUUAUGUAGACAGAGAUAAAGGCUCCUAUAUUCUUAAUCCUAGUUCGGAUUUGGUCUCUACUCAAAACAUGUUUGAAGACGGCUUUAAAAAUUUGGAUGGUUGGGAAGGAAUAAUCAACAAAGAGCCUUCUGAGGAGCAAUUCCGGAAUUAUUUGAAGACCCGUGAUCUCCUUAUUUACUCCGGACACGGAAGUGGUGCACAUUAUAUUCGUGGAAAGACCGUCAAAAAGUUAGAACAGUGUGCAGUUUCUAUGCUUCUGGGGUGUAGCAGUGGAGCAAUGAAGGAUUCUGGCGAAUUUGAGCCAUACGGAAUGUCUCUGAACUACCUGUUGGGGGGGUGUCCAACCUUACUGGCAACCUUGUGGGACGUAACGGACAAAGAUAUCGAUCGAUUCUCAAAGGAUGUUUUCGACAGGUGGGGAUUGUUCAACAAAACAGACAAGUCUUCAAGGAAAGUUAAAGGGAGGGCCACCUCUCCAUCUGCUGGUGUAUCACUUGUGGAGGCGGUUGCCAAAGGAAGAGAUUGUUGUAGUUUGAAGUAUCUUAAUGGCGCGGCACCAGUGGUUUAUGGUAUUCCGGCGUACUUGUCUAUUUAA